CUCUCGUGCAAGUAGCUAGCACACUGAGUAGCUAGCUGGCCGGCCUCUCCCUGCUAGCUAGCUCGUCAGUGAUCAAUACCACCACCGCCCCUGAAUUCCCUCCUCUCAAGAACAGCUAGCGUUAAUUGGUGUGUAGCAUCGGUAGUUCAUCAGUAAGCUAGCUAGCAGGAAUCUUGCUGGAGAGGGAGAGGGAGGGACCAGGAGUGAGAGCGAGCUCGGUGAUCGAUCGAUCUCGCCGGCGGCCGGCCAUGGGGAACGACUGCGUGCCCCCCGUCGCGAUGGUGCUGGUGCAGCUGGGCUUCGCCGGUAUGAAUGUGGUGUCCAAGCUAGCGCUGGACGCCGGCAUGAGCCCCUACGUGCUCAUCGCCUACCGCAACCUCAUCGCCGCCGCCUUCAUCGCCCCCAUCGCCUACCUGCUCGAGAGUAGGAGCGGGGCGAAAAUCACCAAGAAAGUGCUCCUCCAGAUCUUCAUCUCCUCCAUCUUCGGGGCGACGCUGAACCAGGUGCUCUACUUCGUGGGGCUCAAGUCCACCACCCCGACGGUGGCGUGCGCGCUGAGCAACACGCUGCCGGCGCUCACCUUCGUCAUGGCGGCGGCGCUCAAGAUGGAGACGGUGCGGCCGGGCACGCCGGCGGGGCAGGCCAAGCUGGUCGGCACGGCGGUCUGCGUGGGGGGCUCCAUGAUCAUACCCUUCUACAAGGGCCCCGUGCUCAGGCUGUGGGAGUCCCCGAUCCACUGGCGCUUCGCCGAGCACACGUCGGCGGCGUCCGCGCCCGCCGCGGCGGCGGCGGGCGGGCACUCCGGGGCCAUCCUCGGCGACGUCCUCAUCAUCGCCAGCUGCGCCGCCUGGGCCGUCUGGUUCGUCAUGCAGACCAGGAUGGCGGAGGACUUCUCGGCGCCCUACACCAGCACGGCCAUCAUGUGCCUCAUGGCGGGAGCACAGUGCGCGGGCGUCAGCGCCGCCAUGGACCGGAGCCUCGACGUGUGGAAGCUCGGGUUCGACAUCAGGCUCUACUCCGUGCUCUACAUCGGGGUCGUGGGGUCCGGGAUCGGGUUCGCGAUCAUGUCGUGGUGCAUCCAGGUGCGCGGGCCGCUGUACGUGUCCAUGUUCAGCCCACUGCUGAUGGUCGUCGUCGCCAUCGUCGGCUGGGCCAUCCUCGGCGAGAAGAUACGCGUCGGGAGUGCUAUCGGGUCGGUGCUCAUCGUUGCCGGGCUGUACAUGGUGCUCUGGGGCAAGGGGAGGGAGAUGGACAAGCCGGGCGGCCUCGACAACGACAAGGGCGACGAGGAGGCCGGCAUGGGGCUGGGCUUGAAGGGGAAGCCUGCCGUCGCAAGCAAUCGCGUCGACGCCGUCACCCCCCUGCCGCCGGUGUUCUCUGCAACUAGCCCCAACAAGGACACGGGGCCCCGAAACGGCAGCAACUGAUCGGGGCCACGGGUGAUGGCGACGCUCAAGCUUACGUACGUCGUCGUACAUGUACUCGGCCAACGACGUGUCAGAGAUCUUGGAGGGGUGGGUGGCAAAUAAGGCAAUAUAGUUUAGUGGAAGAAAUGGGAGACGCCGGCGGCGAUGAUCGGAGGGCAUACAUGCAUGUAAUACGGGUUGCAGUUUCAGCAGCCUGAUGCCCUGAUCAGACUGUCAGAAAAAGGAAAUAGGUGUGUGGUGUGUGGCUGUACCUGUGCGAGGAGUGCUCUAGCAGGGUCUCGUGGUGCUAUUGGAUUACUGUGCUUGCGCUGCUUGGGUGAUCUGAUUUUGUUUCUCUCCGUUCAUUUUCUUUUCUUGUUCCAUCCUGAGUUAAGUUUUUUUCCCCUC